AUGGGCUUCAAGGUGCAACCCUUCUUCCGCUACGAACCUCUCGAUCAUUCUCAUGACUCUUUCCGUCUUUGCAGGCUCCUCUCUGGCGUCGGGGACACUCCAAUACACUGCGAGCUCACCCACGAAACCAUUUCCGCUCAGACUGACUGCUACAAUGCGCUGUCAUACACCUGGGGUAGUGCGACAGAACAGCGCUGGAUUCGUUUGAAUGGAAAACCAUAUCAUGUUCAGCCCAGCCUUAUGCACGCGCUCAAUGCCAUCCGAAGGAGUGAUGAAGCGGUUACAAUCUGGAUUGAUGCUAUUUGCAUCAACCAAGGAGUGACUUCAGAGCGAAACCAUCAAGUUGCCAUGAUGGGUGAUAUUUAUCGAAACGCGAAAUGCGUCCUGGCCUGGCUGGGUCCAGCGGCGGAUGAUAGUGAUGCAUACUUCGACUACUUAGAGAGCUUGGGGACCGCCGAGGGAGACGAGAAGAAGAGAAUUGAGGAGGCAGGGAAACGUGCCGUAGUCCUCCUGAACAAACGACCGUACUGGCGCCGCGCCUGGAUCAAGCAAGAACUCAUCCUCGCCAAGGACAUCACCAUUUACUGCGGAUCUAGGUCUAACGCGGCGGAAUCCUUUUUCCUGUUCGCAAGUUUAUUAACCUUCGACGAAAUUUAUGGUUACGACGACUACAUUUCCAUGAUAGAUUUGCACAGGACUACCAAGGGAGAACGUAAGACACUGAAACAAUUGUUACACAGAUAUGCCAAUUCUGAGUGUUCCAAUCGUCUUGAUCGGGUCUUUGCGCUGUUAUCAAUGGCUUCGGAUUGCAUAGGCAUGGAGAGCAGGCUCGUGGACUACAGCCUUACUCCGUCAAUGUUGUUCUUUGCGUUGAUUGCCCAUUUCGAGCCCUCGAACGUUUUGUCAUUUGCUACAAUCUUACAAGAUGUAUUAGACGUGCGUCGAGCUGAGCUUCUGGAAUACAUGUCCUCAGUAUCUGAAGACAUCACUCGCAAGCCUUCCUCCCCCAUGGAGAAGCUAGCCAUCGACUAUAUUCACAGAGUAAAGGACUACAUGGUUUCGAUUGCUUCUGGUAUUUCGGUAUCGCAUACGGAGUUCAUUACUCAGUCCUACAACGCCAUUCUCCCAUCAAAACUCCCACACGAACACAUAGUGUUCCGAAUUAAAGGCACCAAUUUUGUCUUGGGAUUUAUACCCUCGCUAUUCGGGCUCCACUUUCGAGCCGUCUUUAAGAAGAGGGAGCACGUCGAAGCCGGGGAAGCUGAUGGAAGUUGGGAAAUCUACAACCCGCCCUUCAGAUUUGAGCAGGUCUGGAGAUACGUGGUCCUUCCCAUCCUUGUCCUCGACAAAAACGGUCCACAUCUGAUGGAUCCAGAUUUGAUCGCGCCGGUAAAAGACGCUGUUGUCGGAAAUCACGGUCCAGAUGCCGUGAAACCCAGUAUUGACAUAAUCUGUUACACCUUGGCUGAGCUCGGGCGAAGGGACAAGUUCAAGAACGGAAAACUUUGUUUGGUUGAUUGUCGAUAUGUGGUCAGUACUCUGUACGGGUACUCGCUGAUGCGGCCGCUUGGGUUUAAGGACCCGAGCGAUAAGUGA